AUAAGCCAGGAAGAUACUCGUUUUCUUUUGCUAAAGUAAGGAAAAUUUGCUUCCUUUGCUCCUGUUAACAAACGUUGGUUUCCACGAGACUCACCAGCGCAUGCGCAGCACUGACCCCAUACCUCAAGCUCCAGGAACUGCUUCUGUGUACAACUGUUGGUGCAAGCUAGAUUAAAGUGAUUAUUAUGUUUUGAAUAUGGAAUAUAUCUUACAAAAAUGCAUGGAGUCGCUACAGGAGGCCUUUGUUCAAAUCUUUGUUCAAAUGGGGGCAUUUUAUUUUACUUCUUUUGGACUGAAGCACUGCAACACCCACUGAGUGCCAUUAAACAGCUCGAAAGAUCAAAGACAAUUUUUAAUAUAACUCUGACUGGAUUCGUCUGAAAGAAGAAAGUCAUAUACACCUAGGAUGCCUUGAGGGUGAGUAAUUUAUGGCCUAAUUUUCAUUUUUGGGUGAACUAACCCUUUAAGCAUCCUUGGACCAUUAACAUAUAUAACGUAACAGUAUUUUUAUGACAAUAGUUUAUUAUAUUGUGGGGAACGAAUAUUUUUGAAAUGGUAAAGUAUGCAGUACUGAAUUUAAAAUGCUGUGAGCACUGUGUCCAGACGGAUGUAGGCCUGUUUCAGUAAAGAGAGGCGGAUUUUUACAGUAGGGGAGAACUGAAGUGGGGUGGAAAUAUUCAGGUCACCGCUGUUAAUUUAAUGAUACUUACAUGUAAUGGAUCUACAUCUUAAAGGACAGGAGGUUACAGGAAGAAUGCACAGCUGGUGACCGGCUGUAUUGCAACCGCGAGGAGGCGCACGUGCGCAGCGAUCGAAGACGAUUAAAGACGAAGCUUGAACCUCGAGCGGUAACUCAUCUCCUUACCAGAGCUCGUGAACAGGUAACUGACGCACCACAGCGCUGGAUUUAAUGGAAGUCUGCUGGAAAAGGCACGUUGAUGUUUACCUGGAGGAUAUAUUUUAACUUUUGACCCACUGGAAGAUUCAGUGUUUGAUCAAAGUCAUACGUGAUACAGAUUACCUUAAUGUUUGAAGGAAGAAAACAAAGAACGAAGAGGACGUACACAUAUUAGAUAAAGAAGAGGGUCUACUAUGCUCUUGAUGUCAUCUGUAUUGUUUGGGAAAAUAAAUGUGAAUACUAAUACUGUAUUUGGUACUGAGUGAGGAAGAGAUUUGUUCUGAGUAUUUAAAACGACGAAAGAAAGAGCAAUGGAUUUGACAUCUUCUGUUUUUCUUCAUUGUCUUCAGUCUUUUUUAUGCAUAAAUGGAAACUUUGGCACCUAAAAAGUAAAUUAAAAAUAUGUAGUUUUAUUUACGUAGUUUAGUUAUGAUGUAGUUCAGUGAUAGUUCACCCACUCAACAUCACGGGAAAACCACUAUGAAUCUGACCCCAGAUCAGCCACCAACCCUGCUCUACGACCUUCCCAGGGCAUUGGACCUUCAGCGUGAACCACAAAACAAGAACAGGUCCGCUCCAGCCAGCUUCUUCAACAGCACCUUCUUCUUUCAGGAUAAUGCAGCUUUAGAAUGGCAGCUGUUCCUCACCAUCCAAGAGCCUGGCACCAUUAUUUUGACUGUCCUGUACUCUAUUUCCUUCCUUGUGGGUUUUUUUGGCAAUGUCAUGUCCCUCAAAGUCCUACUGAGCCAGCAUGGAAGCAUGCGACUGUCUGGUGCUAGUGCCACCCGUUGCCUGCUGAUAAACUUAGCGGUGUGCGACCUGGCAGUGGUUUGCGUGUGCAUGCCUGUCACCCUGGGCCACCGCAUCUAUACGCCAUGGGUGUACGGCGACUUUUUGUGCAGGGCGGUGCCCUUCACGCAAGCGGUGUCUGUUUCCUCCAGUGUCCUGAGCAUCACGGUCAUCAGCAUCAGUCGGUACUAUGCAGUUCACUCACCGCUACAAUCCCGCGCCUACUUCACUCGUCGACGCAUCCUCGCCUCUGUCACAAUUGUGUGGCUUGUCUCCUCAGUGAUCUGCAUGCCAGUCGCAAUAGUUACAAGGCGUGAUGAAGUAGCUUUGAUCGAAGGGCUAGCCAUCGUGUUGCCCGUCUGUGGAGAGGUAUGGCCUCAGCCGCGCUUGCGACAGGUGUACAAUGUCCUGCUGUUUAGCGCCCUCUACUGUCUACCUGUUGGGUUUAAUCUCACUUUAGCCUUCCUCACAUAUCGUCGGCUGCGUAGCACUGGUUCUGAGGGUCGGUUCACAGAGUUGGACCCCCGUUCCCAGGCACUUCAUGAAACAAGGCUGCAGGGGCGCAGGCAGAUUGCACGUAUGGUUGCAGCUUUGGUGCUGCUGUUCGCUCUGUCAUGGUUGCCAAUGUAUGUGACUGAUAUUUGGCUGGACCGUGAGUUGCACCAUCCACCAGAUUGGCUCCUUCAGACCAGACCCUUUGCACAAUGGCUGGGCCUCACCAACUCUUCUCUCAAUCCUUUUUGCUACUGCUUCAUUGGUGACCUCCACCGCUCAGCCAAAGCUUUGCGUUUGCGCCUCUGUGGCUCGUCCCCGGCCUCGGCGCUAGCUAUGGCUUCUCUCCCGAAAAUAUUCAACCUGCAGAAUCAAGAUAAGUCUCAAGCGGGCGGUGCCAACAACUCAACCAACUCCUGCGGGGAGGACAUUGGGAACCUCAAUCUGUCGAUGUGGUGGACUCAAUCUCGCACAUGUGAGUCAAUGAGCUUGCCAUACCACUUAGGAAUGACUGAGGCAAUUACACUGGAUACAUAGCAGAUCUGAUGCACUGCUGUGGACAUUUGCUCUCAGAUGUGUUGUGCUUUGUGCUUCUAGAAAACUGGAUUUAAGGGUUAGUUUGCAGAGAAAUCAUUUAAAUACUCUCAUGUCGUUUCAAACCUGCAUGACUUAUUUUCAUCUGUGAAACACAAAGGAUGAUAUUUUGUUCAUAUAAUGAA